AUGGAUAACAGGUUCAUCAAUGUGAUUCUACUCGGCUUAGCUUUCAUGAUUCUAUUCACAGCGUUUCAAGCCACUGGCAUGAUAUCGCAAAGUGUACUGGAAGGAGUCAAAAAUGAAACACUAAAUGGCACAAGUUUUCAUGGAAGUGGUUACAUUAGUAUGGCUAUCUUAUACUCAUUUUUCGCGUUAACGAAUGUAUUUGCACCUGCUAUCGUUUCUAUAUUGGGCCCAUCCGUUUCGAUGUUUCUUGGCGGAUCGACAUACUUUCUCUAUGUCCUAUCAUUUAUUUAUCCGAUGACAUGGUCGUAUUAUGUUGUAUCAAUUUUAAUUGGUAUUGGUGCAGCUGUAUUAUGGACAGCUCAAGGAGUUUAUUUAGCAAAUAAUUCCGAUGAUUUAACCAUAAGUCGAAAUUCCGGAAUCUUUUGGGCACUCUUUCAAGUCAGUCUGUUGGCCGGAAAUAUAUACGUAUUUAUAGCUUUGAAAGCUCAAAUCAUUGAUCGCGCUACACGAAUACCAUUAUUCGUCGUUUUCUCCAUUGUGUCCGCUGUUGGUUUGCUCAUAUUCAUGUUCGUCAUUUGGCGUUCCUAUGUGGAAAAGCAUCGUCACACUCUAAGUCGUAUUGUUGAAGAGAAAAAAAGUACAUUAGCUGAUGUGAUACACACAUUAAAAGUAGCUGGAGCAUUGUUGCGAACGCGAAAUAUGCUUUUAUUGCUCAUUCCCUUUGCGUAUUCAGGUUUGUCCAACACACUUUUCCAAGGAGUUUUCGCCACAUGUAUUGGACAUUACGUUAAAUAUGGAGAUACACGUAAACGAUUGAUUGGCUUACAUGGUAUCCUUAUUGGUUGUGGAGAAAUCCUAGGUGGUGGCUUGUUCGGCUUCAUUACUAAACCAAAAACUGCAUCACAGCGAGCAUUGAUGAUACUUGUUGGUUGUAUUCUACAAAUGGUUUACUAUUAUUCAGUAUUUGUCAACUUUCCAGUCGACUCAGCUUCGAAUGAGACGACAACAAAACCGUAUUUUGAUUUCAACUCAACAACAAGUCAAGUUAUCACAUUUAUCGGAUCAUUCAUCGUUGGUUUAGGUGAUAGUAGUUUAAAUACCCAAUUAAUGAAUGUUCUAGCAACACGAUAUAAACAAACCACGGCUUCAGCUUUUGCAAUAUUCAAACUUGUCCAGUCAUUAAUGGCUGCUGUAGCAUUUUUCUAUGCAGGAUCAUUACAAAUUCAAUGGCAAACACUCAUCGUAGUGCUCUUUUUAUUCUUUGGUACUCUAGCAUUCUUUGCGGUUCUGUUCGAUGAAACAGAUAAUGAUUUAACAACACCUUUGAUAACGAAUACUAUUCAAGAAGAUGAAAACAUUCAAAGUACUGCUCAACAAACUCAUGCAUCACCAAUCGCAUGA